AUGAACUCAUCCAAUACUGUUAAUAACUCAUUUAUCCCCUUUAGCGAUUUUGAAGCUAAUGCCCGUUUUAUUGCUUACGCAGUUCUUCUUGCAUUUACCGUCAUUGGCAAUAUCAUCGUCAUAGAGUCAUUUAUUGUGGUUCGAACUCUUCGUACACCGUUUAACAUUUUUCUUCUCAAUUUAGCCACUGUUGAUUUAUUCACCGGUAUAUUUAGAAUGGGUUUUUACCUCUUCAAUAUCGCUUAUGCUAAAGGAUUUGAGUGGCCGUUCAGUCCAGCGUUAUGUAAUUUCAGCGGUUGGGCAUUAAGUAUUGCUUUCUCAGCUAAUGUUCAUACCCUAGAAUUAAUGGCUAUUUUUCGCUAUAUUGCGGUGGUUCAUAAUAACACCUACAAUCUCACGCAAAAGAGAGCUGUUAUAUCGAUCGUUUGCAUAUGGAUUUAUUCCAAUAUUAUCGCUCUCCUUCCAAUCAUCGGUUGGAAUCGGUAUCGAUAUCAAGCAAACGAAAUUGCUUGUUUACCUGAUUGGUAUUACGAAAGUAGCUACCCACUUUUUGUUACUAUUUGCGAUGUGAUCAUUCCAUUAACCAUUCUAUUCUACUGUUAUGUGGCUAUUUAUAUCACGAUGAAGAAAACGAGUCGACGUUUCCGUGAUAUUUCCAAUCAGGGCAUGGAUAUUGCACUCCAGCAAAUAUCUAAACGAGAAGCUCGUGUUACGCGUGCCAUGUUUUUGGUUUUCGUCGCUUUUCUUAUUUGUAUUGUGCCAUAUGCUGUCUGUGUAUUCAUCUUGUUCUCUAUAUUUCACAUUUGGGUUGGUCGAGACAUGGCAUUUUUAACUGGUUAUUUUGUUAAUCUAAACAGUGCUAUCAAUCCUAUAUUGUAUGGUUUCCUUUACUGCCGCUUUAGAAAAGCUUAUUACUAUACUGCUUGUUUGUGGUGGAGAAAAUUAUCCAGUAUAUUCACGAUUCUAUCCAGUCUACACCAUCGGCAUAAUAAAGUACGACUUGUGAAAGACUGUGAUGGUGAUUUCAAUCGAUCAAGAGGAACAGAAAUUAUUAGCAUGAAUCACCAUGAUCAAGCGGUCAUUCAAGAAGUUGACUAA